GAUAGGGGAACAUCAGUCUCUUAGUUCUGGAUCGCCACUUUCCAUGUUAGCAGCACAGUGCAACAAAAUAACUAGUAAAUCUUCAUCACCAUUCACGGACUCUACUUUACUAAAAGGAUUUUACCCCUGGAAAAAGCAAGAGCCUGGAACUGCUUCGCCUUGCGCAUUGAACUUAAAUCCGUCAACCAACAAAUCGGCUCUACAAACCAUGCCCACAACUGCUACUUCUGGGCAGUUAACCUAUGCCCGUUCACAUGCAGCAUCAGUAUCUCCAUCUUCAACUACUUAUGUCCCAGACAUAUUUACAAAUCAGCAAAUGUCAUAUAACCCCAACGGGUCUACAAACGAGCCACCUUUUGCGAAUGUUACAGCCACAGGCAUUGCCAGUAGUGUUUAUUCACGUAUGCAUAGUCUGACGAACCCAUACGACUCGUGGCCAUUCAACAUCACAAGUUCACAUGCUACAACAUCUGCACUUAAAGCGGAGGUUGCUGGAAACAGUGUCGGCGUUGGAAUAGGUGUAAGUAGUGCAGGGCCCUGGUGGGAUAUGCAUCCAGCAAAUGCAGGUAUGAGUACCUGGCUGGCAGAUCCAGGAAGUAUCAGUAGGUCUCAAAUAACUUCAUCUUACGCUUCAUCAGACUUAAGCCUGACACACGCUGCUCUGGGCUCCCAAACAAACGCAUUAUUGACUUCUGGUCAGCAUUUAUUGCAGGACUCUUACACAACGUACAAGUCCAUGUUCAGCUCCCAUCAGGCCCCUGAGCUUUCACAUGGCCCUCAGCCCAUGGCAACAUUGUUGUCGCGUCCAGCCUCUGGACUGCCUGCUCUAUCAUGUGGUCGGAACCAGCGCCGGUACACUGGGCGUUCUAAUUGUGAUUGUCCUAACUGCCAAGAGGCUGAUCGAAUGGGUCCUGCCGGUGAACAUCUUCGGAAACGUAACAUACAUAGCUGUCAUAUUCCAGGUUGCGGAAAGGUUUAUAAUAAGACAUCCCACCUAAAAGCUCAUCUACGUUGGCACACGGGAGAGCGUCCUUUCGUCUGCAACUGGUUGUUUUGUGGAAAAAGAUUUACUCGUUCGGAUGAAUUGCAACGACACCUAAGGACACACAGUGGAGAAAAGAGGUUUGCAUGUCCUAUUUGUAACAAACGUUUUAUGCGCUCAGAUCACCUAGCAAAACACGUUAAGACUCAUACGAAUCCAGAAGCCAAAGACUGUGAUGGCAGUGAUUCUAACGAGUCAGAUCACAUACCACAAUCGCCAGCUUGCUGUAAAACAAGUGGGGUAGAACACUUAACUGUUGCAUGCUGUUCUUCCCCUCCUAAUAGCUCAGCGAGUGGACGACCACCUGGAGAUUUCCGGGGAGUGAAGACAAUUUAGAACACAAUAAUCAUUUUUUAUGGCUUCUAUGGCGAUAAUUCCUUAUUUUCGGUUUUGCUAUAUCCACCGGAAUGCUUUUGGUGAGAUUUUGUUUUCAUUUUAGCUUAUCCUAAAUUCACAAGUCACUAACUUAAAGCACACACACAAUGCAUUCCUCCAAAAGCUCUCCUCAGCCAUUCCUAGGUACACAUUUCUUGGAGAACAAUUCUUGAUGAUAGAAUGAGCUUGACCAUAUCCAUAGAGUUGUAUAUAAUAUUAUAUAAGACAAAAUAUAAAGCAAAGCAGAUUGUUGAUCUAGUUAUGGUCUUUGAAAGUUAUUAACAUCUGCUAACAAAAAGGUUUAAGUUUAACUUAUAAUCUGCACGAAGAACUCGUGUUGAGGAAAAAUGAUUUCUGGCUCACUCGUAGACUAUGUACAUUCGUACUUUUGUUUCAAUACUAGAUUUCAAUUAUCCUCACUAUGUCUUCCUUUAAAUUUGGUAUGCCAGUUUUGAGAACACAUAUUUUCUCCAAAUAAUAAACUGCAAGACACUCAGGCUUUUGUGAUCACGUCAUGACUAAUCACAUCGCGACUUUAAGUGGUCCGGUCUUGCAGCAAUGAGUUUAAUAAUUUCAACAGAUGAUUAUGGUGAAAAGAUGAAGCUCACCUUUGUUCAGCUCGAAUUCUAGGUACCCUACAAGACUUGACAACGGAGAAAUGACAUUUAUAUCAUUUUCCAGACUGUAUACAUGCACACUUAGAUACAGGUAUACGUCCCUUCACUAGUGCCAGCUGAAGAGCGGUUAUGCUGGUCUGUUAGUACUGAUCAUCGGAUAGAUGAAUAGACCUCAGUACUUAAUCCUGCCUUUCGCAGUGGUGAGCAGGUCCUGCAUUGAAAGGCUACUCACGUUUGACACCUAGUUUUUUCCCUGCCGAUCCCAGCUUUGACCUCAUUUUCAAGGUGCCCUCAAGGACGGUUAUAGACAGAGUGUCAUGCCGGGUUACACCCUUGAGCCUCUUUGCUGUUGGGAGAAGGGAUUCCUGGUGUUCCACUAGGGUGGCAACCGUGCUCCGCACGAAGUCAUCAGUUUUGCAUUCCAUGUAGGAGAUUCAAAGCAUCCUCCUCAGGCAAUUGGUCUCGGGUACCUGUAUUCUUCUUUCUGUCUCGACAAGCAAACGUUACGUCUCGCACUCUUACAUCAGGAUGGGAACUACGAGGGACUUUUGCACUCUGCACUUGCUAGCAAACCGAAUAAUGUUACUAUCCUGCAAAUCAUAUCCAUCCUGCCCAUUGCUGAUGCGCUGUUGCAGUCUUGAUGAGGACGUCUGCCGUACAACUGCUGUCUUUGGAAAGGGUGGCUCCUAUGUGCUUAAAGCUGUUAACUUUCUUGAGCUGUACACCAUUCAUGUAAAUCUCUACUUUUCCUUUUCCCUUGGUGUUUUUAGGCCGUUUCGUG